AUGUGGGUGGUUAUUCCUUCGGGUGUUCUUCCUGCAACACAAAAAAAAAGUGGGUGGAUCUUCCUGCGGGUUCUCUUCCUUCGGGUGGAUCUUACUUCAGUGGAUCUUCCUGCGGGUGGUUUUCCUUCAGGUGUUCAUCCUGUGGGUGGAUCUUUCUUCCUGAAACACAAAAAGUGGGUGGAUCUUCCUGCGGGUGUUCUUCCUUCGGAACUUCCUUCAGGUGUUCUUUCUUCGGGUGAAUCUUCGGUGGAUUUUCCCGUGGGUGGUUUUCCUGCAGUGGAUCUUCCUGCGGGUGGUUUUCCUUCAGGUGUUCAUCCU